UACGCAAUGCCAGCUCUCCUAAAUAAUUAAAAUUUUUAGUUUAAUGAAUGUAAAUUUUUAGUACUGAUUUAUCGUGAUACACCAAAACAUAAAUUAUUUUUCACACUUUCUCCAAUAACUAUUGUAACAGAAUGACGACUUUUAUGAAAAUUCUCUCUAAAAUUAACUUCAAUACUGGAAGAGUCGUUUGUGAUAAUGUAAAAAAAUGUUAUUUGCACACAGAAAUAGGAAGCCGACUACUAGCACCGAUGGUGCAAAGUCCAGCCCCUCAUUUCGAAGGUAUGGCAGUUGUCAAUGGUGAUUUUAAGAAAAUCAGCUUAACAGAUUAUAAAGGCAAAUAUUUGGUAUUGUUCUUCUACCCCUUAGAUUUUACUUUUGUCUGUCCAACGGAGAUUCGUGCUUAUAGUGAUGCAAUAGGCCAGUUCCGGGAAAUCGGUGCUGAGGUUGUUGGAUGCUCAACGGAUUCACAUUUUAGCCACUUAGCAUGGAUUAACAUGGAUAGAAAAGUAGGCGGCUUAGGUGGUUUGAAUUAUCCAUUACUUUCGGACUUCAAUAAACAAAUUUCACGAGACUAUAGUGUACUACUUGAAAAAGAUGGAAUAGCAUUGAGAGGUCUUUUCAUUAUCGAUAAGGAGGGUUUGGUGAGACAAAUGUCGGUAAAUGAUUUACCAGUUGGAAGAUCAGUAGAAGAAACUUUAAGAAUUAUAAAAGCAUUCAAGUUUGUGGAAGAACACGGCGAAGUUUGUCCAGCAAAUUGGAAUCCUGAAACAAAUCCUGCAACAAUUAAACCAGAUCCUAAAGGAUCUCAGGAAUAUUUCUCAAAAAGUUAGAAUGUAAAAUGAGCGGUGAUGUUUGUAUGUUUGUUUUAAUACUUUUUUUAUUUUGAAUUAUUUAAAUGUGAUUGUUAUGGGAUAAAUAAA